AUGGAGCCUGGAAUAGCUCUCAAAGGAUCAACUUUUGAUACCCUAAUCAAGCGUUGUCUGUUGGGGGACCAAUCAGGUGCUUCAUCGUACAAUUACGACGUACCAUUUGGGCCUUCCUACACUCUCAAAUGGACAUUCAACAACGAUCUAGGGCUCGUGUUUGCCGCGGUUUAUCCGCGGAUUCUCCGUCUCUUGUACGUGGAUGAUUUGCUGGAGAUGCUUAAGCAAGAGUUUUCCAAAGUGUAUGAACCGAAACGAAUGGUGUACAAUGAUUUUGAUGAUAUCUUUCAACAGCUUAAGAAAGAAUCCGAGGAUCGCGCCGAGAGAGCCAGGAAACCUAAGCAGCCUGCGAAGGUUGGCGCCGGCAUAGGUAAUGUGGGUAUUGGUAAGGGUGUUGGAGCUGCUGCUGAUGAAGGUAAACAAAAAAAGAGUGAUGAAGAGGAUAAGGAUGGUAAGAAAUCUAAACUUAAUGCACUCGUAGACGGGCGUUCCAAUGGCGAUCUUGCCGCGAAAGUGGAAGUAGAUGCUAAUGGUGAUGGAAAUCCGAGUUCAAGUACUAUGGCUUUUGACAGAGAUAGGCUGAGGAAGCUGCGAGGAGGAGGAGGCAAAGCUGCGAAGAGAGUUCCAAAGUGUCCCAAGGAGGCCCUCAAGAAAGCGCCGAGAGUUUGGAAUGAUUCGCAGCCGCUUUCACAAAAAGAGUUGGAUUUUUCUACUGAUCAUGAUCCUGUGAGUGAAAAUGUUCCUGCUUUCCAUAUGGAUCAUGGCGGCGAGAGUAUGAUGGACAAGGGGGAAAUUGAAGCAGAGGAAACAGAAAAGGAUUCUAAGACUACUGAGAAAAAGAAGAAUAAUGGGUGGUUCUCAACCAUGUUUAAUUGCGUCGUUGGAAAGGCGAGUCUAGAUAAGGCGGAUCUUGAACCUGCUUUGAAGGCUCUAAAAGAUAGGCUGAUUGCCAAGAAUGUGGCUCAAGAAAUAGCUGACAAAAUCUGCUACUCUGUCGCAGCAAGCCUCGAGGGUAAAACUCUGGCCUCGUUUAGUCGAAUCUCCUCCACUGUGGAGGCCACGAUGGAAGAGGCGAUUGUUCGUGUUUUAACUCCAAGAAGGUCGAUUGACAUUUUGAGGGAUGUUUAUGCUGCAAAGGAUCAAGGGAAACCGUACGUGAUGGCUUUUGUUGGUGUCAAUGGAGUUGGAAAAUCUACUAACUUAGCUAAGCUUCGCAUACACGCGCACAAACUCCAGAUUCCGAUAUUCGAGAAGGGGUACGAGAAAGAUCCUGCGGUCGUGGCCAAGGAAGCGAUACGAGAGGCCCCCCAAAAUGGUUCGGACGUGGUACUGGUUGACACUGCGGGACGGAUGCAGAACAAUGAACCGCUGAUGCGCGCGCUCUCGAAGCUGGUUUACGUCAAUAACCCGGACUUGAUACUGUUUGUUGGUGAAGCCUUAGUUGGUAAUGAUGGUGUGGAUCAGUUGUCAAAGUUUAGUCAGAAACUCGGGGAGCUUUCUCCUUCGCGUGAAAAUCCCCGGUUGAUUGACGGAAUUCUGCUCACAAAGUUUGAUGCCAUUGAUGACAAGGUUGGAGCUGCACUUUCUAUGACAUACAUAUCUGGAGCACCCAUUAUGUUUGUUGGAUGUGGGCAAUCCUACGCAAAUUUGAAGAAGCUGAAUGCCAAGUCCAUAGUGAAGUCUUUACUCAAGUGA